AGAAAGUACCUGCUCCCUUUGUACCAAGAAUCAGUACUGAGUUAGAUGUUAGUAAUUUUUCUGAAGAGUUCACUGCAAUGAUACCACAGGAUUCUCCAGCAAUCGUUCCUCCAGAUGUUGAGAAAAUGUUCAAUGGCUACUCCUACGUUGCUCCAUCAAUUCUCUUCACUGACAGUGUCAUCAGCGACAGCAGCAGCCUUUUCAAGAUGUCACCAGACAGAAGACCUUCCACAACCAACCUAUUAUUGGCUUGUAGCUUUAAGGACUCACCAUUUUUCCAAAAAUACGAACUGAAUCUCCGAGAUAAUAUAACCGGAGACGGCAGCUUCAGUGUCUGUCGGGAAUGUGUACAAAAGUCCAGCGGGCAACAACACUUUCCUGUGGAGAUAGUGUCAAGAAGACUAGACUGCCAACAAGAAAUCAAUUUACUCUGGGCUUGCCAAGGACAUUCCAACAUUGUCAACAACCUCCAUGAAGUUUUCCAUGAUGAGGCACACACCUACAUUGUGAUCCUCGGGCUUCGGUCGUCGUGAGGAACCUGGUGUCAGCAGUUCACUACGUGCACAGGAAAGGCAUCAGUGUUCACGAAGACCUAAAGCCAGACAGGGGUGAAGAGUUAGGAGAGGGAGAGGAAAUAUGUUGGGAAUUAAUGGAAUGGGAGGGAAUAAAAAUAGAAAAGUGGUUGGUGUUGAGGAUAGACAGAAAAGAAAAGAAAGGAAAGGUGAAAAAAAGGACAUUUUUUUGCAUUGAUUUUCCAUCUGCUUAUUUUAAAGAAUUUAUUGCAUGGAAUAUUAUUGAUCUCCAUAAUUUGUAUGGCCUUUAUAAUAAAAAGUAUGAAUUUA